AGGCUAGUACGCGUGCGAUAUAAAAGGGGGGCUGUGGAACAGGGUGUGGGCUCAAUCACAGCACGGAGGAGGAGAGGAAACCAUCAGCUCGCCUUUAAAUACAAGACACAUUCAUCACCAACAGCACGGGAUAAAGACCUGACAAGAUUAAAAUGUUGGAUGUGAUGAGCAGCCAGUUCGACUCCUUCCUGUUCUGGAGGCAGCCCAUCGCCACCGUGGACCUGUCCGAGCUCGAGGACCUGGGACUCACUGAGCCCAAAUCCAAGAGCAGGUCUUUGGGGAAAAGUUCUGCCACACUGGACCAUGAUGAAGAUCUGGAACUGUCUGAGUUCUCCACCUUCAACUACUGGAAGGAACCCAUCGCCAGCAUCGACAUGCUCGACUUCAACUUGCUGCUGCUAUGAAGCCUCACACACACACAACCACAGCCCCAAACCUCCACUACUACUUUACCCCAACAUGCUCACAUGACACAGUCCCGCCCCGCCUUGCCACGCCCCGCCCUGCCCCGCCCCGCCCCCGACUCCGAGUGUGUGUGUGUGUUUUCUGCCCUGACCCCAGCCCUGACACGGCUCAGAGUCUUGAGUGUUACGUUAAAGGAAGUACAUUUCUGAUGAAAACAAAAGUGUUAAAAAAGUGUUUCAGCAGCUUCUCCUUCUGCAGAUCAUAUCCACAGUUUGUGUAUUUAUUGUAGAAUCAGUGUUUCAGUCCUGCGUGAUGAUUUAUUAUCCCGUGACUGAGUGGAAUGUGAAUAAACAACAGACGUGUUUUCUCACUAAAA